GGAAGAGUAAGGAGACCGAACUCUGUGUAGAAAGCGCUUUAAAAAUCUCAGAGAAAUAUGCACGAAAAGUGCCAGGCUCACUGUGUUCUAGUUGAUCGCCAAUUAAGUCGAUCAUGCGCAUAAGCUGUGUUGUGUCUCUGUUUCUCGUAAAAAUUGUGCGAGUGAGAUGUAAGAUCUAAUGUUUACAUUUAGCCGGUCUUAGUGAGAUACAUAUACAAUACAUUUCGUUUUAAUAAUUAUGUAUUUAUUUUAUUUAAAAAAUGUCGUGUUGUGUGCCCGGAUGUAAAGAAAGAACAAAAAGAGUCUAAAAACAUUAGUCUCUUCUAUCCUUCUACGGUAUGUAAAUAUACUCUAGUUAUAAACACAAUUCUUCUUAACCAUUUUCGCAAAAUUUUUCCCUUUUCAUAAAUAUAUUAUUAAAUUAUUUUGAAAAUCUAAAUAAUAUCACAAUUGCAAAUAAAUAAAUUUGCUUUUAAAAUUAACACUGUUUAAACUAUGUUAUAUUUACCUUGACAUAACCACACUUUUCAUCUAUGUCAACACGGUCAACACUGAACUUUAGUUCAAUGCGCAUGAUCGACUUAAUUGGCGAUCAACUAGAACACAGUGAGUCUGGCACUUUUCGUGCAUAUUUUUCAGACAUUUGUAGAAGCAGAGUUCGGUCUCCUUACUCUUCCUUCCUGGGAGCAACACGUGGGUAAAUCCAUUUAAUAAAUACGAUCAUAUUGUCGUUGGUUUGAUAAACAAUUCACAACGUAUAUUUAAAAAUAAUUUAUCCUAGUUUUAUUUAAUUUAUAAAACAGUCUAAACCAAAUUCCAGUCUCGCCAGUGCUUGGUCAAUAAUACGGCUGUGCAUUAUCACCAAUUUCACUUGGUCCUUCUUCUUGGCCACAGUUAAUUUGACGUACAUGGAUCGAAUUACAAGCAUCAAGCGAUGCAUUCGAGCCAACAUUGUCGGUUUAUUCGUCACGACUUCGGCUAUCAUCGAGCGUUGUCGGCAAAAGAAAUGAGAGAGUCUAACGUUACAGCCAAUAGGGUUGAGAGAAAUAGUGUGAUAAUUAACCCCCACUAUGAUGUAAUUAAGUGGUGGGGAAAAUUUUUGCCAAUUUGAAAUUACUGGUCAUUAACGAAAGUGUCAUUCGUUCGACUGCACUUGUGGUUGUUGGGAAAUCCUUGAAAUCCUUCAGGAUUUUGAAUACUUUUAAUGUAUUAUUGAGUAUUUUAUUUUUUAAACAACAAAAAAAAGAAGAAAACAACAAAACAAACAAGAAAAAGAAGCAAUCAACAAGAAAAAGAAGCAACAACAAAAAAAAAAAGAAAAAAACAAGAAAUGGAGGAAAUCGGCAAGAGAAAAUCAAGAGCUCAACGUAGACGAGAGCGUAAGAGAGCGGAGAGACAUCGUCAGAUGAAGGAAGCGGAGGUUCAAGUCCUGCCAAGUGUUGCGGCACCAAAACGACCAACAAAUGAUAUUUUACCAUUAAUGUCACUUCCACAACCAUCAUGGCUAUCGAAUACAAAUAAUAAUAUUUAUAAUAAUAGCAAUAAUGGAUUAUUGGGUUCAAAUCCUUUUGCAUUGCUGGAAAAUUUACAGCGAAGCGCCAAUAAUAAUAUGAAUAUUGUUCCGAAAUCAAUUGGACUCGAACCAUGGAGUAGAUUGUUACAAUCGUCCCAUUAUAUGCCCAUGAUUGUUUUUCCAACACAAACACCUGGACCUGGAUACUGUAAUAAUAAUAACAAGAAUCAUCAGACGAAUUCAACUCAUACUCCUGUGACUGGUGUUGUUCGAAAGGCUCCAAAAGUUAAAACAGAAGCCCGACGACUUCGAAGUCGAUUGAGAGCAAUGGAGCAUCGCAGAAAAAAGGCGGCUAAAAAAGAAGCAGAAGAAGAAUUGUCAAUUGUUGUUAAAGGUGAAACAACUCUUUCUGAAAACGAGUUAUCAAUUGUUGUUCAAAAUGAAACAACAAAUUUAAAUGAUUCCGAGCUGUCAGUUGUUGUUAAAAAUGAAACGACAAAUUUAAAUGAUUCCGAGAUGUCAAUUGUUGUUCAAAAUGAAAAAACAAAUUUAAAUGAUUCCGAGCUGUCAGUUGUUGUUAAAAAUGAAACAACAAAUUUAAAUGAUUCCGAGAUGUCAAUUGUUGUUAACAGUGAAACAACAAAUUUAAAUGAUUCCGAGAUGUCAAUUGUUGUUAACAGUGAAACAACAAAUUUAAAUGAUUCCGAGAUGUCAAUUGUUGUUAACAGUGAAACAACAAAUUUAACUGAUUCCGAGUUGUCAGUUGUUGUUAAAAAUGAAACAACAAAUUUAACUGAUUCCGAGGUGUCAAUUGUUGUUAAAAAUGAAGCAACAACAACUUUAUCUGAUUCCGAGGAGAAAGAGAAGAAAAAAGAAGAACCAUUGAAAUUGAUUUCAAAACAAGUGUCAAAAAAUAAACCAUCGCCAAUAAUUAAAAAUCCUUUAUGGAAACCCAUACAACCAAAGUUAGAAAUACGUAAUGAUAGUGAUCACGUGCCAAUAUAUCAUCAAUUACCAUAUCGUGUGAUUGAUACCAAUCGCUGUCAUGUACGCGUUCAAGUACGCCUUCGAAAUGUAUAAUUUUUAGUAGAUUUUUUAGAAAAAAGGAAAAAUUAAAACGACAAAAAAUUAUUUAAUUUUUUUUGCAAAUUUUCAUAGUAUAUUUCUGAAGAAUGAUUCAACUUUUUGAGAAUAACUUCUGAUAUAUGUUAAGACGAAAUAUAAUAAUUUUAUAUAAUAUGUUAUUUAUUUAACAUGUUAGAUAAUAAGAAAAAAAAUUGUAAUAUUGAAAAUGGA